AUGAGCGCGAAGAGCAAACGCCCUGGCACUGCGGGCAGCCAGACGCCGAAUGAGUGCGUCCAGGUGGUUGUACGAUGUCGGCCGAUGAGCAAUCGAGAGCGCACUGAGGGCUCACCGGAAGUGGUCAAUGUGUAUCCAAAUCGUGGUGUCGUAGAGCUACAGAAUCUUGUGGAUGCCAACAAAGAGCAGCGCAAAGUGUUCACCUAUGAUGCGGCCUAUGAUGCUCAGGCCUCACAAACUACGCUGUAUCAUGAAGUGGUCUUUCCGCUGGUCAGCUCUGUGCUGGAAGGCUUCAACGGCUGCAUAUUCGCCUAUGGCCAAACGGGCACAGGCAAAACAUUCACGAUGGAAGGAGUACGGGGCAACGAUGACUUGAUGGGCAUCAUACCACGCACCUUUGAACAGAUCUGGCUUCACAUUAAUCGCACGGAAAACUUCCAGUUUCUGGUGGACGUUUCAUACUUGGAGAUCUAUAUGGAGGAGCUGCGCGAUCUACUUAAGCCGAAUUCCAAGCACCUGGAGGUGCGAGAGCGUGGAUCCGGCGUCUAUGUGCCCAAUCUGCACGCCAUCAAUUGCAAGAGCGUCGAUGACAUGAUAGACGUCAUGAAGGUGGGCAACAAAAACCGCACCGUUGGCUUCACCAACAUGAACGAGCAUAGCUCACGUUCGCAUGCCAUAUUCAUGAUCAAGAUUGAGAUGUGCGACACGGAAACGAACACGAUCAAGGUGGGCAAGCUGAAUCUCAUUGACUUGGCAGGCAGCGAGCGUCAGUCAAAGACUGGCGCAUCGGCGGAACGGCUGAAGGAGGCCAGCAAAAUCAAUUUGGCGCUCUCAUCGCUGGGGAAUGUGAUCUCAGCGCUAGCAGAGAACUCUCCCCAUGUACCGUAUCGUGAUUCGAAACUGACGCGCUUGCUGCAGGACUCGCUGGGCGGCAAUUCCAAGACGAUCAUGAUUGCCAACAUCGGCCCUUCGAACUAUAACUACAAUGAGACGCUGACGACGCUGCGAUACGCGCAACGUGCAAAGAACAUACAGAACCAGCCAAUUAAGAACGAGGAUCCGCAGGAUGCCAAAUUGAAGGAGUACCAGGAGGAGAUUGAGCGACUCAAGCGCCUCAUUGCGCCUCAGCAACAACAGCGCACCGAGAAACUGGCUGCAGCAGCCAAGAAACGCGUCAAGAAGCCCAAACGGGAACCAGUGAAACGCGAACUGACGGACAGCGUGACCCAAGAGCAAUUACAAGCGGCCGAGGAUGAAGCGGAGAGCGAGCAAGAGGCUUCGGAGCCAGAGUCGGACAAGGAGAACGAGGCGGAAGUGGCCAAGUCCAGUGAGCAAUUGGAGCGCGAGCGCGUGGAGAACGCGAAGCUGGCGGCCAAACUGGCCGAGCUGGAGAGUCAGUUGGUGCGCGGCGGCAAGAAUCUGCUGGACACGUACAGUGAACGUCAAAUUGAGUUGGAGAAGAAGCUGGUAGAGAUCGCGGAGCGAAAGAAACGCGAAAUAGAAAUACAACAGCAGCUGGAACUGCAGGAGGAAACAACUCUGGAGAUACGAGAGCGCAACGUCUCGCUGGAGCAAGAGGUCGAGUUGAAGAAACGCAAACUGUCCAAGUGCUAUGCCAAGUAUCUGGCGCUGCAGCAGGAGCUGAACGACUGCAAGCACGACCACAAUCAGGAUCUGCGCGAGCUGGAGAUGGCGCAGAACGAGCUGGUCAAGGAGCUGAAACGCCAGCUGCUCAUCAUCGACAACUUUGUGCCCAUCGAGGUGAAGCAGCGCCUCUACACGCAGGCCAAGUACGACGAGGAGCAGGAGGAGUGGAAGUUCGCCGCGCUGCCGAUGAAUGCCGGCGAUGGCAAAUUUAGUAACAAACGUCCCGUCGCGCAUCCACAGCGCCGACGCCCCAUCUCCGAGUAUGCACUGCAGCAGGCGAAGUCGAAUGAUCCCAGUGCACUGCGCUUCAAGAGCGAAAACAUUGUCAGCUACGAGCUGGACAUGCCCUGCCGCACCACUCAAGAGUACCGCUCGCCCAAGGUGUCCGCCUCCCUGCAGGCGGUGCUGGCCCAGGCGAUGCACACCGGCGAUGACAUCGACAUUGUGGACACCCAGACCAAUUCGCUGCGCGCGCGCCUCGAGAACAUCAUUAACGGCAAUGCUAAUAGCAGCAGCGCCACUGCUUCAGCUGAUGUCUCGCCCACAAGUGCUACGGCCACCUCCAAGCUCGUCAAGUCCGCGCGCAGCGGCCUGCCCAGCGCGGGCUCUGCGCUCGACUCCAAUCGACGGCCGCCCACCGGCCGUUUGCAGCCCAAGAAGCCGGCCUCCGCCUAUCCCAAGGCGCGCGGCCUCGUCAACAAGUAGUGAAACGAAUUACUAACCCAACUCAUCUCAGUCGAAGAGUCACAAGCACACGCAUAAACUAACCAAAGUUCUCAUAGUCACAGUAUAUAAAUCGAAUCCUUGUUCCAGUUGCGCAUUCUAUGCAAUUCAUUUAGCCCAAUCUUCGCACAAUUAUCGCUUUGCAAAAGUAUUUUGCAUAUUUGUAUUGUGUUCGCUUUUGUUAUUUGUAUAAUUUUAGUUUAUUGUUUAGACAGUCGCGAAUUUAAUUUGUUAUUGCUAUUUUGGUGUAAUCAGUGUAAUCAGUAGGGCAGCGCCUGCAUUUCGCCCCACUGUGACGAGUCAUUCAUUUAAUGUGCAAUUUUAGUUUAAGCUUAAUGUGUAAUUCUGAUUGUUUAUUAUAAUUAUGAUUAUGAUUAUUAUACUUA